AUGUCUCAAAAUCUUUGUAAUCUUCCCUCUCGAACAGGGCAUUCUUGUGUGUUGUACAAUAGCCAUCAUCACAAGAACAAUUGUGUAUACAUGUUCGGAGGAACUCUUUCCGAUCAAAAAACAUUUCCUUCCAAUGAUUUGAUUGAAAUUAAUGUUGAAAAUCAGGAAUGGAAGGAAUUUGAAAAUUCAAAAGCUUCACCAGGUCCUCUCUUUCAUCAUUGUGCUUGUUUGCAUAAAUUGGAAAAUCAUGAUGAUAAUGAGAUGAUCAUUUUCGGAGGGAAAUCAAAAAAGAAACAUUUGCAGAACAAGGUUUGGAGCUUUAAUUUCUAUAGGAAGGAGUGGAAGUGCUUGAGCGAAGGAGACAAGAUGGUAUCGCCACGAUUUGGUCAUUCGGGUGUAGUUUUUGGAAAUACUUUAUUUGUUUUUGGUGGAUUGGAUGAGAAGAAGAAAUUAUGUAGGAAUGAAUUGAUUGCUUUCAAUUUGAAGAGCAAGCAGUGGAAAUUAAUUGAAAUGAGUGUUUCUAUUAGUGGGAGAUGUCACCAUGCAAGUGUUUUGGAUCCAGAGAGUGGUGAUUGGUAUUUAUUUGGUGGGCAAUCUGGAAAGAAUGUGUUGAAUGAUUUUGUGAGAAUUAAGUUAUCGACCUAUGAUGAAGGAGCUGCAAAAUGUGAAUCAGAAACUUUAAUUUCCGAUUUGAGUGAAGAAUUUUCAAGAUUUGGACAUUCUAUGGUGUUGGAGAAAUUCGAAAGUGGAUUGAAAUUCUACUCAAUUGGUGGUUAUAAUAUGAAGAAGGAUUUUUUGGAUUGUGUUUCUCUCGAUUUGAAUAAUAUUUCAAAAGGAUGGCAGAUUGAAACUGAACAUACUCUUUCAAAAACCUUUGAAAAUGUCUCUCAAGAUGUUGGACCUGUAUUUCAUGUCACUACCCCAAUUAUUAUUACAAAAGAAAACGAAACAAUUUUAACAUACUUUGUAUUUGGUGGACUUUAUGAAAAUACUAAACCUCCAAAGACAAAGGAAAAAAUCAAGAAAGAAGACAUUAAGAAAAAGUCAAAACUGCCCGAGUUUGAUAUUAUCAAAUUUGAAAAUGAACUCAAUGAUGAUAUUUUCAGAUCUAUUCUAUCAUUUUUGAGUAUUCCAGAUUUACUGAAAUUGGAAUUGGUUUGUAAGAGAUUGAGAAUUUGUAAUCUCACUACAGAAGAUGAAUUCUGGAAGGCGUACUAUCACGACAGAAUUAACUGGCUAAAAGAGGCAAGCAACACCACUAAAUUGGAAUUCAACAGUCAAACAGGAACCUAUGACACUAUCAUUGUUCCUUCUACUUUUUAUGAUACCUAUCUUGAUUCCAAUAGUGAUUAUAAGAGGCACUUUGUUGAACUAAUUGGAGAUUUAAUGAAAGAAGCUGAUAAGAAUACAAACGAAAGAUUAAACCUGAUUAAUAGGCUCCCAGACAUUCCAAAGUAUACUUUUAGAACUAGAGAAGAGGUUAUGCAACAUGAAUUACAACCUACUGUCAAGAGUGAUAUUAAGGUAGUUCUGAUAGGAAAUGCAGCUAUAGGAAAGACAUGUUUUUAUCAAGCAUUGAGGGGUAUUCCUUUGGAACUUGAUUACAUUCCAACAGUUUUUGAUAAUUACUCAGUACAAUGUCACAGUGAGGAUGUUACUUUCAAUAUUGCUCUUUGGGAUACAGCUGGACAAGCUGACUAUGAUAGACUUCGACCCCUUUCGUAUCCACAGACGGAUAUAUUUCUUGUUGGUUUCUGUUGUCUUUCUGAAUUAUCAAUGAAAGAAACCAUCUAUAAAUGGAAAAAGGAAAUAGAAACCUAUAUGCCAGAUAUAAAAUUGCCAAUCAUUCUCAUGAGCACAAAGAUUGAUUUAAGAGACGAUCCAGUGCAGAGUAGAAAACUUUUAGUGACAGAAAUGAAAAAGCCAAUAUCCUACCAAGAAGGUGAAUUGUUGGCUAGAAAGCUUGGAUGUGCAACAUAUGUGGAAACUAGUGCUUUGACAAAUGCUGGAAUGGAUCGUAUUUGUGAAUUGAUAAUCAAAACGGUAGACCUUCACCGUUGUGGUGGAAUCACAAAGAAUGGAAAGAAGUGUCUAGUUCAAUAA